GUGGGGAAGUGAUUUUGAAGUGUCGGUGGGGCUAGUGGAACUCGAAAGUCUUAGCAAGUCGUGUGACUCGGCUCACUACAGUUUUCGCUAUGGCGUGUAUAGGGUCGAGUAGGCUCUGUGCUCGUGCAGAGAAAUUGUGCCAGUUCAGACAUCUCGCCCAAUUACGAAGGAAAGUUUCAACGACAUGUGUCAAGUCACGACCUAGAAUCGAACAUCCGACCAGUACCUUGGUUCAACAUUGUCAGAGUAGAACGAGCACGCGGGACUGCAGGACGAACGUCGCAAGGAUGAUGAGUUCUAUGCAGACACAACUGCCUGGAUCCUUGCACGAUUAUCAAGUCGACCCUUACCGACUUCUCGAAGAUGACCUUAAAGAUGUCUACGAUAAUAUACGAGAGGUACUCAUCAGGAACACGACGCAAAAGGAGCUGCAAACUAUAGCGACGUACUACUUCGACGGUAAGGGAAAGGCGUUGCGGCCGAUGGUAGCAAUUCUCAUGGCACGGGCUAUCAAUUACCACAAGGAAAGAAAUGGUCUCUUGGAUUCGCAGCGACAAGUGGCGAUGAUCUCCGAGAUGAUCCACAACGCUUCCUUGAUCCACGACGACGUAAUCGACCAGCCAGACUUCCGCCGUGGCAAACCUUCUAUCAACGUCGUCUGGAGUCAAAAGAAGGUGACCAUGACAGGAGAUUAUGUUCUGGCAGUCGCGUCAAUUAUGAUAGCUCAACUGCAAAAUGACGAUGUCACCCUCACGCUCAGUCAGGUCGUGACGGACCUGGUGCAGGGUGAAUUUAUGCAGCUUGGCUCUAAGGAGACGGAAAACGAGAGAUUCGCGCAUUACCUCACGAAAACGUAUCGCAAGACAGCCAGCUUAGUUGCUAAUUCCUUGAAGGCGGUGACUAUGCUAGCUGGUGGUGAUGAACAGUUGGUCGAAUUAGCCUUCCAAUACGGUAGGAACAUCGGUUUAGCAUUUCAAUUAGUCGACGAUCUUUUGGAUUUCGUGUCGUCUUUGUCAACAAUGGGCAAACCUACCGCAGCAGAUUUGAAGUUAGGUCUUGCAACUGCUCCAGUUCUUUUCGCCUGUGAACGGUAUCCAGAAUUGAACGCGAUGAUCAUGCGCCGAUUUCAAGAGCCAGGAGACGUGGAGAAAGCGUUCGAGCUGGUGCACAAGUCGCAGGGCCUGGACCAAACGAAAUUUUUGGCGCGGAAGCAUUGCAUCGAGGCGAUGAAACUUGCACAAUCUUUAGCCGAGAGCCCGUACCAAAAAGGUUUGCAGGUGGUCUGCGAUCUAGUAUUGAAUCGUAUGAAGUAGCGAUAUGAGAAAAAACGAUAGGAACUGUGUAUGAAAGUAAAAAGGGUACGAUGAAACGUUUUGAAAAAAACAAACUGGUAGUCGCAAGAGAAUUAAUGUUGGCCACGAAGAACGCUGAUUAAUUUAAUCACAAUUACAAUUACAGUGAACAAGGAAAUAAUGUGCCGUUGAUACAACAGAUUGUACUGAUUGUAGAGAGAAAAAAAAAAGAAAAAAAAAGAGAAUAUCGAACAAAUGCGUAGGCAUAGAUGAUCGCGACACUCGUGUUAAACGCACUCAUAAAGAAUGUGUUCGAUUAUUAUUAAUGGUACUUAUAAUUCUAUAUUUAAACUUGUACGUUUGUAACAUAAAAGUUCAAGAUGUUUAUACUUGCGAUAUUGUUAACGAUGUGGUAAUUUUAUGAGGAAAAAAGAAAUGGGAAGAUUAGCAGGAUAUUAUUUUUAUAAAUUUCAGAUGUAACGUAAUGAGAGGUGCCUCAUAUCUAUAAGGCAAUAUACAACAAUAAGUACGAGCGAUGUCACCGCGAUGUUACUCUAAUCGUGUUUAAACGUUACCGAAUACUAUGUAAUUAUAAGCGAGAGAUCACUCACUAAGUGCCCAGGUACAUCUUGCAAACGGGAGAUACAACGUAUAAGAGAAUGUAAAGAGAUGAACGAUAACGUUUAUUUCGCUCUAUAGUGCACAUAUGACCUGAUUUUAUCGAUAUUGUCGCUAGCCAAUCAUAAGUGUAAAUAAAAUGAUUUAUAGGAGUAAUUGUAAUGUAUUAGAAUUGGUAAAUCUGCCAGAUUGUUGUUUUGCUGGAACCACUGGUACUGGAACUGUGGUACUGCGUAACCAAAUUCAUUUAAUAAGUGACAAGCAAUGUGAAAAACUUUCCACGACAGUAUUACAUCAGAUUAGCUCGAUUGUAAUGUUAUAAUUCGGUAUACUAUAACGAUGCGAUUACUCUAAAACAGAAAAUUGGUAUAGCUAUCAAAUUUUGCGUAAAUUCAUUUUUUUCUAAACGUAAUCGGGAGAUUUAAUGCAUGUUAUUAUUACGUAAAAGAAUAGAUCUACAUAUAUAUGAGUAUAGAAAGUAACAAUCGCAAGAAUACCAAUACUAAUUAAUAGUAUAAUUUAAUAUCUUGUUUAAAGUGUGCGAAGAAUACCUGCCAAAGAAGACCAUACGGUCUUGAUUCUUCCACUUGCAUGGAAAAAAUGUUUUCGAUUCAUCAAACACAAUGAAAACUGUUUAUUAUUAAUUGGUAUGUUAUAAGUCAUGAAAAAUUGUUAAGUUUUUACAUAUGCAUAAAAUUAUUCAUUUUGUUUUUUAUUCAAAAAGAUAUCUAAUAAAAGUGGAAUACCAUCUUCCAUAAUGUAUUACAUUCUUCUUGAAUAAAAAAACUGCUCAAAAUACUAUUUGCUACAUAACUGAACAUAUAGAUAUAAUUGUAUAAUAACUUAUAUUUAUAACAUGAAUUAAUGUAUAUAAUUGCUCUUUAAGGUAACAUAAAUCAUUGCUGUAAAAUUAUUAAUAAAACAAAUACAAAAAUGUAAUUAUGAUCAAACGUAGAUAUAUAUUAAGAUAAAGACACUCGAUUGGUAUGGAGAAUGGAAGUAAAUGAAGCUUUCGAUCUCCUGCACAUUUUAAAAUUAUUAUUUAUAAUUUAUUUAGCCUAUGCACAUUAUUCAUAGACAAAGUAGUAUAGUUACAAAUUCUGAACAAAAAUGAAGCAUUCGUUAUUGUUAUGAUCAUAUAUAUAGUUAAUGAUUGUAGUUUUUGGAAGAAAGUUAAUAUAGAAAAGUCAAGACCAUGUGUGCUCUUAAUAAUCAUUACAAAUACAUACAUAUAGAAAACACAUGUAAAUGCAUAAUCUUUUAGAUUUUUAUGUCAGAACUAAAUUGUAAUAUAGAUCGAUUAGCUUCAUUAGUAAUAAAUUGUAAACCAUAAGGUUCUUUAUCUUAUUUAUUAUAUUGGGGAACACUAAAUCCAUGUUGUAUAAUUUUCUUUUAAUAUAAAUGUUAUGUUAAAGCUCAAAA